AAAGAAAAUUUGUUUCGCCAAUUUGUAUGUAACUCGUUAGUGGUGAAUCCCUAUUGUACUUUGCGAUAAUUUUCUUCAGUGCAAUUAGUUUAAUCGUUUGUAGGACUGCUCUCGCUAUUAUGUUUCAAAGUCUAAUUGCAAAUUUUGUUUGAUUAACCUAUAGAUUCAUGAUGGAAUCUUCUGUGGCGAUGCGGAGUACUUUCUUUGCGGUGUUGUUUUUGUUUGUUACAUUAGUUUUAUGUCAUCAAGUUGAACCUGAAGAGAUUACCAAUGCAGUAGAAAUAGUAGGCAUAACGUCAGGCAUUUCUCCGCAUUUCAACGAGAUGGAGGAAUGGUCCAAUGGAGUCAAGAGGUACAAACGUAACACUGCAGCUCCGGACGCAAAUCGCUUACAGAAUGUGAAUCUCAAUUGCAAGAACACGGUCAAAAAUCUUACUACAUUAUUUCGUAGAAAAACCGCCAAUGUUCCACAACCAGCAGGAAUCAAUGACAUCACUACACUUGCAACCGCAACAAAGAUAGAAAGAGCCAUUAGAAAUGCUUCGCAACAGCUUGAAGAAGAGUGCGCGUGGAGAGAUAGUAAAAAUAUGCCAGUGGAAGCCACAAAAACGCAAUUCCUAACUACGGAAGUCGACGAUAUGGGAGCUGUAGGCGUACUAAUUUACCAAAUCGGAAUUCAGAGGUUGAACUUUGAAGAUCCAUAUUCCAGGCCUAAACGACCGUGAACUUAAAACGCCUCUUCUUAACAUUAUCAGGAAAAAAGAAAAAUUACCGGCAGCCAUAUCCUUUCCCAUCUUGCAAAUUUUAAAUAAGCAAAUAUUUUUUAUUCUAUGGUAAAAUGCUGUGUAAGGUUCCAUGUAAACCUUACCCUUUUUCUUUUGACAUCUACCACUGAUUUAGCAUCCCUACAGAAAACU